AAGAAAUGUACAGAAAGUGUUAGGUUUUGCAUGGCAAGCUCUGAACAGCUGGUGAAGACUGGUAGUUGAGCUUCCCCUUUCCCUUUCACAACCACACCUCUAAUCUCUCCCUCACCUUCAAAUCUCAGCAGCCAUGGGAGAAGCUUCAAACAAACAUAAUCAACAUGUGUUCACAGUCUUGGAAGCCAUAAAAAAAGCUUCCAAAGAUCUUCAAACCAACCCUAUUUCCUUCACAAACACUUACCAAUCCACCAUUAAGUCCCUCCUAGAACUCAAAAAUGAAGAGAACUCCAUUCUCUCCACUGACCCUUCUCUCCUCAAGCUCUCCCAACUUCUCAACAGUCUCAAAGCCUUGCUCGAUAAGCUCGAGAACUCCCAAGGCUAUGGCUUUCGAUCCUUUGUUCGCCGCCAACUCACCUACUAUGAAGCAUCCCGAGUUGCCAGCUCAAUCAGGGAUGAAAUCAAGGCAUGGGUCGAUCAUGAAAGCCUGAAAAACCUGGUGAGGACGAUCGAAGAAUCGGGGGAUGAAGACGAGAAAAUUGAGGUUUUGAAGGAGUUUGAGAGCCGGGUAUCACAAGGAUUUGACAGAGAUCUACAAGAUUUGAUACUCAGGACAAAGAUAUUCACCAUUGUUGAAUCAAUUCUUUGUGAUUCUCAGUGUUCAGUCAGCAUCCGAGAAGAAUCAGCUGCUGUUAUUGUUUCUUUGGUUAGAUUCAAUAAGGAUGUGUUUGUUGGAUUAGUGUUGAUGGGGCCGACGAUUCGAGUCUUGAUAUCGAUAUCUUCAUGCCGAUCAAUUCAGGUUCUCACAUCACUGAUCAAGUUGAUCAAAAGUCCUUUGAUCGAUAUAAUCGAAUCCAAUGGAGAAAUCCCGAAAAUCAUAAGCCUUUUGAGCUCACCAGACUUGUCCAUUCAGGUUGCAGCCAUGGACUGCAUUCUCGAAAUCGGAUACUUUGGGAGAAAAGAAGCCAUUGAAGCAAUGUUUGGAGAUGGACUCAUAGAGAAGCUUAUGGAACUGCAAAGAUCAGAAAAUGAAGGAGAUUCCAUUACUGAGACUGAAAAUGGAGGAGGGGGUUGUGAAGAACCAGAGAUGGGUCUGAAAAGGAGAUUUUCAAGCUGUGUUGCAAGGUUUGCAGUGCAGCUGGAGGUGGGGGAGGGACUGAGGCAACGGGAGAAAAGAGAAUUUAAACUUGAAGUAUUGAAGAGAGUUAAAGAAUCCUCUGUUUCCGAAGCAGAGGCUGCAACAAUUGUUGCUGAGGUAUUAUGGGGUUCUUCACCUUGAAACUCCAUUUAAGUUUUGUUUUUAGUUAUGAAACUACCCUAGUGAUUUAUUAGGGUCCAUUUAAGUUGUUAUGAAACCACCUAGUGAUUUAUAAGGGUGAUUCCGGAUUUUUGUUUGUAGAAUUUGCGGAGAAAAUAUUCAUAUAGAAGGAACAUGAGUUAUGCGUCUCUUUAUAGUGUGUUUAUUAGAUAUGUUAUAUUAUUUAAAAAGAAUAUGAUCAUUGUCGGAUUUAUUGAGCGUUCAA